CUAAGCUACUAGCUAUCUAGCUUAGCCGCCACUCCCAAAAUAGAUCUCCCACAAGAAAUACCACCACUAUAUGAUAAUGGAAACUGGCCAUGAUAAUUAUGGAAACUCUAUGCAAAGGCCAAAUUUCCCAUUACAAUUAUUAGAAAAAAGAGAAGAUCCAAUCUGUUCUACUUCAAUUUAUCCAUAUCCUAGUACUGAUGCUUCUGCUGAUCAAAAAUCAAACCAAGAACCAAACAAGAAACCUCAGCCAAAAAGAACCUCAACAAAAGACAGACACACAAAAGUUGAUGGUCGUGGUCGUAGGAUUCGUAUGCCAGCAACAUGUGCAGCUAGGGUUUUUCAGCUGACUAAAGAAUUAGGUCAUAAAUCUGAUGGUGAAACAAUUGAAUGGCUUUUACAACAAGCUGAGCCUUCAGUUAUUGCUGCUACUGGUACUGGAACAAUACCAGCAAAUUAUUCUUCACUUAAUAUAUCAUUAAGAAGUUCUGGUAAUAUUUCUAGACAUAAUUAUCUUACACAAAAUCUUAGUCAUGGGGUUGGUUUAUUUUCAUCAGAAAAUUCGUCUAUGGGUUUGAAUAUUUUUCCUAGUGGAAAUGUAAAUAUGAAUUUAAAUGCCAUGUUACAAGCUAAGCAGGAACUGUACUGUGAUAGAGAGGGUAAUAAUAUUGGACGAAAACGGCGGUCGGAAAAUCAAGAUUUACUGCCGGUGUUACAAAAUUACCAUAUGGGUAAUAAUUAUAUGUUACAAACUAGUAAUUCUGGGUCUAUUCCGGCAAGUUAUCAAGGGCAAAUUCCGGCAACAACAUUGUAUAUGAUGACAAAUAAUUCUAGUCAUGACCCUAAUUCUAUGUGGACAUUUCCUAGUACUAUUGGCAACUCAAAUAUUAGAGGAGGGUCAAUGACAAAUAGUGGAUUACUAAAUUUUAUGAAUUCUCACCCAUCAGUAUUGGGGCAACAUUCGGGUGGUGGCGGUGGUGGUGGAGGCGGCAGAGGGACGGUGGUGGAAGGACAAUUGGGGAUGUUGACGGCGAUGAAUUCGUUAAGGCAAAUUGGUCAUGCUAGUGGUUCUUCUAAUCAACAUAAUGGAGCAGAUGAUCAUGGAAAUAAUGGUCACCAUUGUCAUCAUUCAUAAUUAGAUCAAUCACAAAAUGUAUCUAUUUUUUGUGCUUAAUUAAUUUUAAUAUCUUUGAUAGAACUUAUAAGGGGAAAAUACAGUAUCUAUAUAUGUAGUUUUCCUAAUUACUAGUAGAUUGUAUUAUAUUAGGGAAAAUUUGAUUUCUUGAAUAUUGAGAGCAACAUUUUCUUUAA